UUGACAUGACCAAUGGCAAUUCCUCAGAUUCCACAUGGUAAAAGGGAACAAUAAGAAAUUCUAAUUCUGCAUCUAAUAAAGUGAGUUCAGAUGUGUUACUUAGGUGAGAUAUGAUUUUCGAGUAAAGUAAAUAUAAUUGUUUUAAAUUGAAAAAAGAAGUAUAAAAAAUGAGUGAUAAAACAGAAACAAAUAAAAAGGCGCCUAUGACUGAUGUAGAAAGACUCGCUCUUUGUCAGAAAUUGGAUGAAGAACUUGAUGAUUUUAUAAAUAGUUUAGAAAAGAAAAGGUAUACUGAUGGCUGGCCCGAAGAUCGCUGGGAGGAAGAAAUGGAUAAACAUCCAUUCUUUAUGAAGUCAGUUCCCAAGGACGGUGAACUCUCUCCUCUUGCAGAAGGCUUGGCGAAGCUCAAAUAUGAUCCUGAAGAGAACACACCACUAGAAUUAGCAAACAGCUACAAAGAAGAUGGAAAUUUUAACUUUAAGCACAAAAACUACAGACUGGCUUUAUUAGGUUACACAGAAGGAAUCAAAGUAAGAUGUGAUGAUGCUGACGUAAAUGCCAGUUUGUAUAACAAUAGAGCAGCCGCACAUUGGUAUUUGAAGAAUUACAGAUCAGCUUUAUUAGAUAGCGAGAAAGCCUUGACAUUUGAUCCUAAACAUAACAAAGCACGGACACGAGCCGCCAACUCAGCAUUCGAAGCCAAAAAAUAUGACACAUGUAUUGAUCACUGUCAGAAACUCUUAGAAAGCAAAAACGACAAAGAAGUCGUUGAACUUCUCAAUAAAGCUAAGAAAAGUAAAAUGGUUCAAGAGCGAGAUGAAAGAAAGAAAGGUCGAUCUGAUGCUAAGAGAAACGAAGAUAAAGAUGAACUCAUUAAAACUAUUAUUAAAAGGGGCAUCAAGAUAUCAAAAUGUGAUGACGAGGAUGACAUUGAUUUGUCGAAACUGGAACCAACGUUGCCUGGUGCUCAUGAUGCAAUAGUUCAUAUAGAGGAUGGGGUGUUAAUGUGGCCAAUUUUGUUUUUAUAUCCAGAGCAUCAAAUGACAGAUUUUAUAAAGGGUUGCCCGGAAAAUGUACCUCUUAUCAGACAAUUACAACAGGUCUUUCCAGCACCGUGGGAUGCUGAAGGUAAAUACAUGUGUAACAAUGUUAAUGUGUAUUAUGAAGGCUACGAUAAAAUGCCGCAUAUUGUUGACCCAAACGAGAAUUUGGGUGACAUUUUAGUGUCGAAGUAUUUUGAACUGAAAGGUGGUACGGCAGCGUUUUUCAUUUUACCCCGAGGUAGCGUCAUAGAAAGAAAUUAUAUUGAGUGCCAUAUUUGAUAAUCGUUUUUAUAUUUACAUAAGUGGAGUAAAUUAUAAAAGUUAUUUAGGCUGAAUGGGCCUUUUUUCACUUUGACAUUAAGCUAUUGUCUAUCGUAAGUGGAUACAAUUAUGUAUGCAAAUUCUCGUGAAAUUAUCUCAUAAGAAUAAUAAUAUGUUUUGUUAAUCAAA